GAGAAAUAAGAGAAGAAAACCGGUCUUAUUUAUAUUUUUCUGUUGUUGUCAUCCGGAAGAAUGGCUUAUAACUAUGUAGUUACAGCUCAUAAGCCAACAGCAGUAAAUGCUUGUGUCACAGGAAAUUUCACUUCUUCUGAUGACCUCAAUUUGAUCAUCGCUCGUAACACUCGACUAGAAAUUUAUGUUGUUACCCCAGAAGGGCUCCGCCCUAUCAAGGAAGUUGGCAUCAAUGGAAGAAUUGCAGUGAUGGAACUGUUUCGACCUCCUGGUGAAAGCAAGGAUCUUAUGUUUCUCCUGACGUCACGGUACAAUGCAAUGAUUCUUGAAUGUAAUCAGAAUGGCGACAACAUUGAUAUUAUAACCAGAGCCCAUGGAAAUGUCCAGGAUCGGAUUGGAAGACCAUCAGAAACUGGAAUCAUUGGCAUCAUAGAUCCGCUGUGUCGUGUAAUAGGCCUUCGCUUGUAUGAUGGCCUUUUCAAAGUUAUCCCCCUUGAUCGUGAAAAUAAAGAAUUAAAAGCAUUCAACAUCAGAUUAGAGGAGCAGAUUGUCGUUGACAUGCAGUUCCUACAUGGCUGUACAACACCCACACUCAUCCUCAUCCACCAGGAUCAACAUGGAAGGCAUGUUAAGACCUAUGAAAUAUCACUGAGAGACAAAGAGUUUCAGAAAGGGCCUUGGAAGCAAGAUAAUGUUGAAACAGAAGCAUGCAUGGUCAUUGCAGUGCCGGAGCCCUUUGGUGGAGCUUUAAUUAUCGGCCAGGAAAUCAUUACAUAUCACAAGGGAGAUAAUUUCAUACCUAUAGCUCCUCCUGCUAUUAAGCAAAGUACACUGACAUGUCACGGUAAAGUGGAUGCCAAUGGUUCCCGGUACCUCCUAGGAGAUAUGAUGGGGAGACUGUUUAUGUUGCUACUGGAGAAGGAAGAAAAGAUGGAUUCUACAAUUGUCGUAAAAAAUCUGAAAGUGGAGUUACUUGGAGAGACUACAGUAGCAGAGUGCAUUACCUACUUAGACAAUGGGGUUGUAUAUUUAGGAUCCAGACUCGGUGACUCACAGCUCAUCAAGCUGGAUGUUGAGUCAGAUGACAACGGUUCCUAUGUGACAGAGAUGGAGAGGUUCACAAACUUAGGCCCCAUCCUGGAUAUGUGUGUGGUGGAUCUGGAGCGACAGGGACAAGGACAGCUUGUGACCUGCUCUGGAGCUUACAAAGAAGGGUCCCUUCGUAUUAUUAGGAAUGGUAUAGGAAUUCAUGAACAUGCUAGUAUUGACUUGCCUGGAAUCAAAGGUAUCUGGUCUUUGCGCGUCAAUUCAACGGAUUAUGACAACAUGAUCGUGCUCUCCUUUGUUGGUCAGACAAGAGUAUUGAUGUUGAAUGGGGAGGAAGUUGAGGAGACAGAGUUGGCAGGAUUUGAGCCAGACCAACAGACAUUUUUGUGUGCUAAUGUUGUCCACAAUCAGCUGCUACAGAUAACUCCCAUAUCUGUACGACUACUUAACUGCGAGUCCCAUCAAUUGGUCAGUGAGUGGAAACAUGCUGGUGGAAAGAAUAUAAGUCUGGCUUCAAGUAAUACUGCCCAGGCUGUGGUUGCUGUUGGCAGUGAACUCUACUAUCUGGAGAUAGGACAGGGCGAGGUUAAAGAAAUCAGUAACACAACGAUGGACCACGAAGUUGCCUGUGUGGACAUUACACCUCUAAGGGAAGGUUCUGACCAAGCUGAGCUCUGUGCCGUAGGACUGUGGACAGACAUCUCAGCAAGGGUCCUUAGGUUGCCAACAUUUGAAAGUCUGAAUGUGGAAAUGCUGGGUGGAGAGAUCAUUCCCAGAUCGAUACUGAUGACGACGUUUGAGGGCAUUCAUUACCUUUUGUGUGCUUUAGGUGACGGCUCACUCUUCUACUUCAAUCUCAUCAUUGACACAGGGUAUUUCUGUGAGAAGAGGAAGGUGACUUUGGGUACACAGCCUACGGUGCUUAAGACAUUCCGAUCCCUGUCCACCACUAAUGUGUUUGCCUGCUCGGACCGUCCAACUGUCAUUUACUCGAGUAACCACAAACUUGUCUUCUCUAAUGUCAACUUGAAGGAGGUCAACCACAUGUGUCCACUCAACUCUGAGGGCUAUCCGGAUAGUUUAGCCCUUGCUAAUGACAGCACACUUACUAUUGGAACGAUAGACGAGAUCCAGAAACUACACAUUAGAACGAUUCCUCUCAUGGAGUCUCCCAGGAGGAUAGCAUACCAGGAAGGUUCUCAGUCAUUCGGAGUUAUCUCCACAAGGAUGGAUAUUCAAGACAGCAACGGCAUGUCUCCGUCACGGGCCAGCGCCAGUACACACGCUGCCAUGACCACAAGUAGUUCUAAUGUGAAGAUGGUUACCACGGGAACCAGUACAAUGUCAGAACAUACAUUUGGUGAUGAGGUUGAAGUCCAUUCUCUCCUCAUCAUAGAUCAACACACAUUUGAAGUGCUACAUGCCCAUCAGUUGUUACAGAAUGAAUUCGCUACCAGUCUUAUAUCAGCAAAGCUUGGUGACGACCAUAAUGUCUAUUAUAUAGUGGGCACAGCCCUGGUACAUCCGGAGGAGGCGGAGCCAAAACAAGGGCGAAUAAUCAUAUUUCACUACCAUGAAGGAAAAUUAAACCAAGUAGCAGAAAAAGAAAUCCGAGGUGCAGCAUAUACACUGUUAGAAUUUAAUGGCAAAUUGUUAGCCAGCAUUAAUAGUACAGUUCGAUUGUUUGAGUGGACAACAGAGAAAGAGUUAAGACUAGAAUGCAGCUACUUCAACAAUAUCGUAGCUCUAUAUCUAAAAACAAAAGGGGAUUUCAUACAAGUCGGAGAUCUGAUGAAGUCCAUUACGCUGCUGUUGUAUAAACCAAUGGAAGGAACGUUUGAAGAGAUUGCUCGCGAUUGUAAUCCCAACUGGAUGACAGCUGUGGAAAUACUGGAUGAUGACAACUUUCUUGGUGCUGAGAAUUCCUUCAACUUGUUUACCUGUCAGAAGGACAGUGCUGCCACAACAGAAGAAGACCGACAGAACCUACAGGAGGUGGGAAUGUUUCAUUUAGGAGAGUUUGUGAAUGUUUUCAGACAUGGUUCUCUUGUCAUGCAGCACUCAAGUGAGAACACCAUGCCUACCCAAGGUUCAGUACUGUUCGGGACUGUCAAUGGUGCAGUAGGUCUUGUGACACAGUUGACUCAAGAUUUUUACAACUUUCUACUAGACGUUCAAGGUCGACUGGCUAAGGUCAUCAAGAGUGUGGGAAAAGUUGAUCAUUCUUUUUGGAGGUCAUUUCACACUGAAAGAAAGACAGAACCUGCGGAAGGUUUCAUUGAUGGCGACCUCAUUGAAAGUUUUUUGGAUUUAAGUCGGGACAAGAUGCAAGAGACAGUUCAGGGACUACAGAUGGAUGAUGGCAGUGGAAUGAAACGAGAGGCAACAGUAGAUGACUUGGUGAAGAUGAUUGAAGAACUCACACGAAUCCACUGAUUGUUGGUCAACAGUGACUGAUCAACUCAAAAACUUCAACAGGAGAGUUCCAGACAAGGGACAAUACUCCACCGCAGGAAACAUGGCUGUUGCCAGUUUCCGGUUUCCAUUGUAACAAUUUGAUGCACAAAAAAAGGACACAAAUCCUUCAGGCACAGAAAGUGCUUAUCUGUUGGAAUGUGAUAGGUCCUCACUAGUGCAGAACUAUUCAUGCUGUCAUUAAUUUGGUGCAGACAGAUUUUGACUUGGUCAAGAGUGUUAAAUCUGCUUUUGUAGGAAGAGGACAGUGUUAAUGAUUGUUAACUGUUUAACAAUGAUUGGAGCAGAGACAAAUAUAUGUUUUACUGAGGUUAAGUUUGUAGUGCUACUGUCCACAGAUUGAACAAAUCUCAUUUCUUUGCUUCAGAAACCACAUUUUUUCAGAUAUUGAAAAUUGUCAAUAAUUGUGAAGCUUCUGGUCUCUUUUGAUUUCGGUUACUUUGCAUGGUGAUUCUAUUACACAAAAGUCUCAUUCUACUAAUAUUACUUAAUCAGAAAUACAGUGUUCCAUGGUCAAUGGUAAAGUUUGGAUUGUUGGUAGUUUCAGUUGAAAUGGUGAAUUUUCUAGGAAAGAAAAGAAAUGAUUUUUUCAAAAGUAGAGUAGAACGCAUAAAUUUUGAAAAUUUGGUGACAAUUUUUUUACCAUAACAUAUAUUAUUGUGAAUUCCAAUUCUGAAGAAUAAAGUAUUUGUGAGACAGA